AUGGCGAUCUGGUAUUCCUUGGGAAUCGCUUUCUUUGCUGCCAUUGGCACGUUCUUGUUUGGCUUUGAUACUGGCAUUGCUACAACCACCAUCGCCCAUGGAAGCUGGAUCAAGUAUAUGGACAACCCCUCUAAGGGUCUCACCGGCGCUGUAGUUUCAGUCUACAUCGCCGGCGAAGCAGUCGGAGCCCUAACACAAACAUUUAUCGGCGACAGACUCGGCCGUAUCCGCUUCAUGCAACUGAUGUGUAUCAUCGUAACUAUCGGCACCGUUAUCCAAACCGCCUCUGUCAACAUCGGCAUGUUCCUAGCAGGCCGUGUCCUAGCCGGCUUCGCCGUCGGAGGCCUCGUCGCCACAGUCCCAAUCUACCUCAGUGAGAUCUCCGACCCUCGCUACCGCGGUCUGAUCGGCGGUAUCUCAGGCUGCGGUAUCUCCUUCGGCACGAUGGCAUCCAACUGGGUUGGCUUCGCGUGCAGUUAUGCGCCCUACGGCCCCGUCCAGUGGCGUCUACCGCUCGGUAUUCAGAUUCCCUGGGGAAUUAUUAUGUUCAUCGGGCUGUCUACGUUUAUGCCUAACUCUCCGCGUCAGUUGAUUCGGAAUGGGAAGAUUGAGUUGGCUAGGAGCGAGUUUACGAGGAUCAGGCGCGGGUUCGAAGCGCAUGAGGUGCAAGAGGAAUUCCAGCUUAUGCAGGUGCAGAUUGAGUAUGAGAUGGAGAGGGAGAUUACGUCUGUCAAGGAAAUUUUCAAGUUGUUUAGACAUCGGGUUUUGGUGUCUAUUGCAGUGCAGACUAUGACGAGUCUGACGGGUGUCAAUGUCAUCCAGUAUUAUCAGAGUGGGUCUUUCGCCUGCGGAUACUUGAUUCUUGCUUACCAUCUCGCAGCUAUUCUAUACAAGUCGCUUGGAAUUGACGCGCAUAUGAUUCUUGCUCUGGCUGGUGUGUACGGCACCAUUGCAUUCCUAUCUAAUGCUAUUACCACGAAGUAUCUGACUGACUCGUGGGGUCGCCGAAAUAUGAUCCUCACGGGUCUGGGUGGUAUCGUUCUCAUUGAGAUCUAUGCCGCUAUUAUGCAGAUGGAGUUCCAGGAUACGGAGAACCGUGUCGGCAAGGGGUUCGCUAUUCUAGGAAUUUACCUCUUCGUCGUCUGCUACUACGGCAUGCUGAACAGUACGACAUGGCUGUACGGUGCCGAGGUUUUGCCCAUUGCUCUACGCAGCAAGGUCAUGGGUCUCGCCGCUGCCUCCCAUUUCAUCGUCAACGUUGCACUCACCGAGGCUGGACCUAGUGCUUUCGCCAACAUCAAGCAGAAUUACUACUAUGUCUUUGUAGCCUGCUCAUUCUUCUUCCUCGUCAUCGCUUACUUCUAUUUCCCGGAAACCAAGCAGAAGACACUCGAGGAAGUCGCUGCAUCUUUCGGCGACCGUGUCGUUCUGGCGGACGAGGACACCAAGGGCACUUCAAUUGUCGGCAAAGCGGAUCACCUCGAAUCGGCAGUACCGAAGCGGCCUUGA